ACGACGCACAACGGGGUAAACAGGGUAAACUGGUUCUUUCUGGGCGGCGUCGCCACCAGCGCGGACGGUAUCUGGGAGGUGCGAGCGUCAAGACGCGGAAAUAACCCCACAUAAACGUCAGGGUUGUUAGGCGACAUUCUACAAGAAAGGAAAACGAGUCUCGGAGCUAAUAGGUAACGCAGAAGUGAUUCUCGCUUGAAUAAGGACAGGCUUCCCCGACGCCGAUUACACUAGACUGAGAGAUGGCGUUACAGGUGUGUUUGUGGUGCCUGCUGCUCGCGGCAGCCCUGAGCGCUCGCGGAAAUGUUCGCAGCGAAUCAUGUUCGGAUUCCAUCGACAUCGUAUUCGAUCAAGGACUCGAUCCGCAGUCGUACGAAAACGGGGCGAACUUCACGAAGCGACUGGAAAACGCUUCGGACAUCGACGCUUGCGGGAAGGCGUGCUGCGACUCGGAGGACUGUCACCUGGCGCUGGAGGGGGACCUGCAGGACGGGCUGGUCGAGUGUUUCCUGGUGAACUGCUUCAAAGACGGGGAGAAUAAGUGCCGGUUAACGGACCGCGAGGGGUCCAAGAUGUACAAGAGGGGGGACGCCAUGCCGAAAGCCGGCUCCGACGCAGGUAAAGCUACCACUGUGGGAUCUACUCUGCCUGUGAUGUCAACAAGUGAAUUUGCAGAAAAGUGUGAGGCCCCACCAUUGACUGGCAUGUGCCGUGCUGCCCUGCCGCGUUAUCACUACGUUAGUUCUACCAGCACAUGCCAACCCUUUAUCUAUGGCGGAUGCGGGGGUAACAAAAACAACUACGCCAGCGUGGAGCAAUGCAAGGCAACCUGCACAGUAACUGUGAUUACUGGUCCCUCAAAUGUUGCACAAACGCCGUCCUCUAAACCAAAAGGCUUGGAUGCUUGUUCAGCACCCUUUGAGUCUGGUCCCUGUCGCGCUGCCUUCCCCAAGUUUUACUUUGACCCCAGUGCUGGAAGGUGCCUUCCGUUUAUCUAUGGAGGUUGUUUAGGCAACGAUAACAGGUACAACACCCUGGAAGACUGCAUGUCCAGAUGUACUGGACAGGAAGGGAAACUUGAUCAAUUUUUCCACCAUGUUGCUCCACCAAGUGCAGCUUUUUUCCUGGUGGCCACCCUGGCUGUCAUCUCCAUUGUGCUCUUGGUGGGCCUGGUCCUGCUCUUAGUGCGGAGGGCCAGGACUCGCCGCUCUGUACAUGAUGACAAGGAGGAGUUGCUGGCUGAGGUGUCAGAACCCAUCGUUGAAAUGAAAUAAAUGUAUUUCUGAUACAAUUAUUUCAUGGGAAGCAAACCCUUCAGUGCAUUUCUUGACAUUAACACUAAAAUCAGCAACAAAUUUACAUUAGCACAUUAUAUUACAGUGCAUUAGCUCCUUUGAAACAAAUUAUGGAGUGUAAUACUUUUGCUUAGGAGUGUUAAAUAGUAUAACCUGUCCUGUUUCACUGAUGCAGAAAGCAAAAUACUGAAUUUCCUUAAAACAUUUAGUAAAGUAAAUGAUUUCAAAAUUAUAUCUACCUGUGAUUCCUUUUGCACAUCGUUUUUCGUCUAGAGGCACAUCGAAUCCAAACAUUGGUACAUUAUGCUAGUCAUUACAUCCCUGCUUUGUGGCUUGUCAGUAACAGUCAAUGGAGUUGCAACAGUGGAAAAGAGAGAAUGCUGGUGCUGCUGAAUUGAGUCCUGCUAGGUGUAGCUCUUCAAAGAAAAGUUUGUAGUGCCGUUAAUAUUUACACGUUGAUUGAUACACGUUGAUUGAUACACGUUGAUCCAGUCUGCUAGCAAUUUUUUUUAAGCCUGUUCUAAUUCCGAAAGAAACCCUAAAGUUUAGGAAAGGAGACCAUGAGACAUUUCCUGAUCGAUUUUACAAAUUCACUGAAUUAAGUAUGACCGAAAAGGUUAUCCCCAUUGAAAUGCUUUAGAGAAAUGUGCACGUGAUUUCUAAAUUUCUCAACUUCUUGGCUGGGGUAGACCUUUAUCAUGUUAUUCAUGCUUCUUCUAUCUGACCUCAACAUUUAUCAAGACAAUACAUUUGUGUAUAAGCAAGCUCUGCACAGUGUAUUAAUGGAAUUAUUGUACUCUUAAUAAUGAAUAUUAUUCAUGUUACUUUCAGCACCAUUUUGGAAAUUAUGGUAUAUUUUCUUAUAGGUAACUUAGGGCUGAUUUCUAUGUUCCUCGGAUGUUUAUACGUUUUAUUGAAGGGAAAUGUUUUUUAGAUUCAAAUUUUAAACUUUUGGUAUAUUUAGUGCCUUCAUAUUUAUGGUUGCUUUAAAAUGGUCCAGUGGGAUUUUCUUUUACCAAAGAGCUCUAGAAGAGAUGCAGUUACUUUUAAAAUAUGGAACUGAUCAAUAGGUAACGUGCACUGGUUUAAUUAUCAAAGAAAUAUACACUGAAAUGUUUUUAAAUUGCUUGUAAAAUUGCUUAUUUUGGCUCAUUACUCGAGUCGUUUUCAAUAAAGUAACCGAAAUAUG